AUUACGUGCCAAGGCCGUGUGCAGUAGAACUGAUAGUUUCGGGAGAGCGUGGGUCGUAGCGCCACUUUGGUAGGGAAAGAAGACGUGAUGGACUCGCAUUCGUGCAACAGACGCACCUCCAUGAGAACAAGGCGAUCCGGCCCGUCCCCUCAGUCGAAAGAAAGAGAACCGGUUAGCUCAAUGCGACGCAAGAAAAGAGACGGUGACAAUGUGACCGCGGCGACGAGCAGUAAAGGUCGAGUUUCUGUUGUUAAGGGGUCGCUGCGCAAGUCUCGUCGUGGAAAGCGCGUUGGGGGUGUGCACGUGGAGAGCAUGUCAGGGACAGACAGCGGAGCAGGCGGACGGCCAUGGAUGAACACGAAGGUUGGUAACACCGUGAAUGAGGUGGAUGAAAAGUGCGUGGAAGGUAUGGGUGGUUAUGAUGAGCAGCCUCCCCUAAACUCGUUUGAUCCUGAGAAAUCGGAGCCAAAGAAUGAUGUGUUACUAUUUGGGUAUAAGCAGUUAGAGAGAGCACCUACUGAUGGAGAGAGCAGAUUGUUGGAAGUAGAGAGAGAGAUUGGAUACAGUGAAAUUGGAGGUAUCAAGGAAAAUGCAUGUAAUAGUUUUACUCAAGAGAAGAUGUUGUCUACGGACAAUGCUGAGGCCUGUGGGCUUGACCAUGUAUGUAUCCAAAAUGCUGCGAGACUGAUUGUAUCGGUGAUGGAUGGUUGUGAGGUCAGCAGUACUCUGAUGUCAGGAAGACCAUUGUCAAAGACAACUGGAGAAGUGUUACUCGAGGCGGGUGAAGACAUCAAGGGUGAAUCGUUAGUGACUAUGCAACCAUGUAGAGGAGAGAGUCAUUGUGCUAGCAACAACAGACAAAAUUUGCUUACUCAAACUGUAACAAAGCCAAACAAAGUUACUAAGACUACAGCACCAAAGUCAGCAGAGAAGCGGAAGUUGAGGAGUGAAGGAGCUGGUGGUUCUGGCCAAACUGUGCAGGAUGAAAAUCAACCAAAGAAACGGAGGAGUGAAGGGCUGGAGGGAAAUAGUGAGUUAAAUACAACGACAACGACGAAGAAGAAGAAAGUUGUUAUAGAUAGAAAGAACUACGGAGAUAUAUGUAAUAACAGAAACAAACAGGAUGAACAACUGGCUGAUGUUUAUGACAUCAGAAUCUAUCGAAAGUUGAAGCGUUUAAAUCAGCUCUUGAGUUACGAUGUAGCUAAGAGUGUUAAUGGAAGGACAAACCAGAAAGGAUCAGUCAGAUAG